AUGCUUGUGCCGCACAAGGACCAGGAACCAGGAAGUCCAGCUCAUGUUGCCAGCCUAUCCGACCGGGGUUAUGAGCCUGUGGUGAUAGAGGGUUAUGGACCUGUGGUGAUAGGGGGUUAUGAGCCUGUGGUGAUAGGGGGUUAUGAGCCUGUGGUGAUAGGGGGCUAUGAGCUUGUGGUGAUAGGGGGUUAUGAGCCUGUGGUGAUAGGGGAUUAUAAGCCUGUGGUGAUAGGGGGGGGUUAUGAGCCUGUGGUGAUAGGGGGUUAUGAGCCUGUGGUGAUAGGGGGUUAUGAGCCUGUGGUGCUAGGGGGCUAUGAGCCUGUGGUACUAGGGGGUUAUGAGCCUGUGGUGAUAGGGGGUUAUGAGCCUGUGGUGAUAGGGGGUUAUGAGCCUGUGGUGAUAGGGGGUUAUGAGCCUGUGGGGGGUUAUGAGCCUGUGGUGAUAGGGGGUUAUGAGCCUGUGGUGAUAGGGGGCUAUGAGCCUGUGGCGAUAGGGGGUCAUGAGCCUGUGACGAUAGGGGGUUAUGAGCCUGUGGUGAUAGGGGGUUAUGAGCCUGUGGCGAUAGGGGGGGGUUAUGAGCCUGUGGUGAUAGGGGGUUAUGGGCCUGUGGUGAUAGGGGGCUAUGAGCCUGUGAUGAUAGGCGGUUAUGAGCCUGUGGUGAUAGGGGGUUAUGAGCCUGUGGUGAUAGGGGAUUAUAAGCCUGUGGUGAUAGGCGGGGGUUAUGAGCCUGUGGUGAUAGGGGGUUAUGAGCCUGUGGUGAUAGGGGGUUAUGAGCCUGUGAUAGGGGAUUAUGAGCCUGUGGUGCUAGGGGGUUAUGAGCCUGUGGCGAUAGGGGGCUAUGAGCCUGUGAUGAUAGGGGGUUAUGGGCCUGUGGUGAUAGGGGGUUAUGAGUCUGUGGUGCUAGGGGGGUGUUAUGAGCCUGUGGCGAUAGGGGGUUAUGAGCCUGUGGCGAUAGGGGGUUAUGAGCCUGUGACAAUAGGCGGUUAUGAGCCUGUGGUAAUAGGGGGUUAUGAGCCUGUGGCGUUAGGGGGUUAUGAGCCUGUGGUGAUAGGCGGCUAUGAGCCUGUGGCGAUAGGGGGUUAUGAGCCUGUGGUGAUAGGGGGUUAUGAGCCUGUGGUGAUAGGGGGUUAUGAGCCUGUGGUGAUAGGGGAUUAUGAGCCUGUGGCGAUAGGGGGUUAUGAGCCUGUGGCGAUAGAGGGUUAUGAGCCUUUGCGGGGCGGGGAGUACAUUGCAACUUUAUAUUUAUUUAUUUGA